UCUGGCAUGUCUGGCAGUCUGGAGCGUCAUGAGCGUUGAAACUCCUCACUGAAUUCGCAUUUUCCGACUUUUUCUACAGAAAUAUCAUUACAUCUAAAUAUUCCAGCUGAUAUUUAUUGUUUAUGCAUUAUUUUGAUAGCGAACUUUCUGCGGUGAGACCUUCGUCAAUGAAGCUCUGCCCAUCUGAAUUGGAACCCUCGGCAAUGUCUGUUAUGUCCAUGGUUUUCUGCAAGCACACCCGGAUCAGUUGACCAGACAAGCGGAACUAUCGCGAUUUGGAACGACCUCCAUAAUCGGCCAGUCGUGCACCCACAUUCGUUUAAUUGCACCUGGUAUUUGAAGCUAGUAAGCAAGAAUACUGGUAUUUUAAGAUUGGAAUAUACGACGGAUAACUUCAUUUAAUAGUUGUAACCUGACUUUUUAAUACACUACUUGUCACUUGUGCAAGAACAUCAAAUAACAAGCAUGGCGACUGCAGCAAACAGCUUGGCGUCCAAUGGUCACCUUUUUUUUGAGGGAACAGAGAAGCUGUUGGAGGUCUGGUUUACAAAUUGCGAUGAUGAAGGAGCAGAUUUGCGGGCAAUUGAAAGGCCUUUCUGGGAUCAACUCCUUGCAAAUGUCCAGUGUGUCAUCCUGGCUAAAAAGUCCCUUGGUGGAAUGGAUGCAUACAUCCUCAGUGAAAGCAGCAUGUUUGUUUCAAAGAACCGUUUCAUCCUGAAGACGUGCGGCAGCACUACGUUAUUGAAGUCCAUCAAACCACUGCUGUUGGAAGCCACCGAGAAAUGUGGCUUUGAAGUCAUGGACCUGUUUUAUUCGCGAAAGAAUUUCAUGAAACCAGAGCUUCAGCACAACAUCCAUCAGACCUUUGACGAUGAGGUUUGUCAUUUGGACGAAUCGUUUGAAAAUGGCGCUGCAUAUGCCCUUGGUCGAUUGAAUGGAGAGUGUUGGUAUUUUUACACGAUUGAUACACUCGGAGUGAUGGAGCCAGACCAGACUUUAGAGCUACUGAUGACUGAUUUAGACCCUGCCGUGAUGGAGGUCUUCUCUAUGAAGUGCUGCAAGACGGGGGAGGAGUGUACUGAGAAAUCGGGCAUAUCUAAACUUGUACCAGGAUCAGUAAUUGAUGCGUAUCUGUUUGACCCGUAUGGAUAUUCUUGCAAUGGCCUCCUGGAGGAUGACCACUACUUUACUAUCCAUGUCACUCCCCAGCCGAACUGCUCCUAUGUGAGUUUCGAGACGAACGUGCCCCAGGACGACUUCAAGGUGAUGAUCGAGCAUGUGCUCGACUGCUUUAGGCCCGGGAAAUUCUUGGUUACGCUGUUUGCAAACAAGGCCUCGAGAGCAAGUGAUUCUCUGAAUGCGUUCAAGGUUGACAACCCCGUCCCAGGCUACUGUAAUCAAGACUGGCAACACAGCAAAUUCCGCAACUACGAUUUAUUGUAUGCUCACUUCAUGAAACCAAGGUUCAGAACCCCAUCGGACACUGAACCAGCUUUGGUUCAAUGGAAGAAGCCUCAUAAAAUUGUUGAUUGAAUUAUGAAAUUAUGAGUUAUGAAAUCUUAUCUCCAAGAUUACAGCUUUGGGAAUAUAAACUGUUUCACUAUUUGCUAUUUUCCAGUUAUUCUGUUAAAUCUGUCGCAAUCUUUAUACUUUUGGACAUGGAUGUUAUCAAGGAAUGCUUUUCUUGUAGUGGUAGCUUCUAAUUGAUCUGUAUUCUAACAAAAUCUGAAAAUCUGUGAAGUUGGUUUACGGUAGUUGAUAUGACUUCACUGGAAAUAUAAGGAGAAGUUAAUAUAUUUAACAUUUUUAACGAUUUUUGCAUCAGAAGCCUUAUCGGCAUAAAAUUGACAAAGAAUUUUUUUUCAUGUACCGGUAUGCUAUAAAACACGAAAGGUUUGAUAGACUGUGAUUACUGUGAUUUUGAUUCAAAUGUUUCCAUUUUGAUUCGAAUGGUUCCAUUCAAAAGUGGCUGAUAUUCAGCGUUUUAGACUGUCACCUCUGUGAAAAGGUUGCUUUCUAUCUGUGAUAAAUAUAGGUGAGGAACUUAAGAUAUAUACUUCAGAAAGGUAAAUAAAUUAGAUAUUUUUGGAAAUGCCUGACUGUACUUGGUGCACUGCUUCUUCACCUCAGUCAAGCAAGGAUCCUCAAGCAGUGUGUUGUUGCUGUUUUAGCCAGUUGUAGCCAAAUAAGGCAUCAACCCCCUGAAGACACUGGUGUAGGACCUAUUGACUGAGAAAUUUGAAGUCUCAUCAUUGCAAUCAUCAUGGACAUGUGCAGAUGUGCGCUCUUUUGCCAAAACCUAUUUUUCAGAAAUGACGCAGGUUAUAGCAAGAGAGCAGUCAGGAUUCAGGACGAAUCGGCGAGUGUCCAGGGAAAAUAACUUGUUUUGAUGACAACUGGCCAUUUGGGGAUACUUGUCUGACUUCAUACUGCCUCUGUGUGAAUUUCAGUGUAGUAUGGCUCUUUGCUGAUCAUGAUAUGAAGUUGUUAUCUUGCUGGCAGUGAGAGCUCCAAAAUAGGAAGUUAUGUAAUAAAUACACAACUAAAUUCUCGGAAUAAGUUGGAGAUGACCACCCGAGACUUCAUUCUAGCAGGUUGGCAACUCUGAUAUUGAAUAAACCUAUGCUUUGUGUUUGACCUCCUGGGUUUUCAUUCCAGCAGGUUGGCAACUCUGAUAUCGAAUAUUUCCACAUCUUGGUUGUGAUUUCUCUGGUUUUUCUCGGCUUCAGGUGUUAUGCAGUUAUACUGGGAUGGUGAAGGCACAAUGUCUUUUGCACGCUCUGUAACGGUUUGUGUAUCUUGCACUAUAGAUGUUGACAGUUGAUUGCAGGGUAAUUUUUUCGGAUUUGACCACGAAUACAAUUCCCACUGGACCGGUGCUCAUUGUGCAUUGGUGAUUUUCCACAAAAAUAUCCAUGCCAAAAAAGCUGCUUACUAUUGCAGUAUGACCUGCUGUCAACCGCCACGUUCAUGACUAGAAUAUUUAGUUGCAAUAAACAUAACAUAAAAAAAAUAA